AUGGCCUGCCGGCACAUCUUCGCAGCUCUACGCGACCGUGGCCUACAGACCCAAGCUCUUGGUGCCUUUCAUGCUGCUUACUUGGUUAGCACCUACUGCGCAACUUUCCAAGAUAAGAGCAUUGCAUUACCUGUACGUGACGCCCCUCUCGGGGUUGAAGCAAUGAAGCCUUCUCCGUACUAUAAGCAAGCAGGGCGUCGAGUUACUCGACGAAUUGCAAGUGCUGGCGAGACAGGAAACAAGUCGACUUACGUAUGUAAAACGUGUCGUCAAGGUGGGCAUAACCGUAGAACUUGUCGCCGACACGCAAACGAAUCUGACGAUGUGAACGCUAACCUCAAGUCGUUCGAGUACAAGCUGCCGCACUUCGAUGAAAAUAGUGUGGAUGCAGCGGAUAUGGAGUGUGAUGCGCCGAUAGAUUCUGCCAGCGCGGAGAUGAACCACGACACUCAUGUCGUGUCAACCCAAGCUACCCCCAUGUCAGUACAAUUCUUGCUGGGUGGCGACAAGUAA